AAGCGGAACGCUGUGACCUCCUCUAAAGUGCUGUCUAACCUCUCUUAAGAAAUAGAAACAGCAAUGCGAAGGCGACAACGCUCGCUGGCACAGGUCCGACUUCCAAAUGUAAUUUAAAAAGGAGGACUGUUUACUUCUCUCUCUUCACACAGUGGUUGACAGCAACUUCGAUCUGCUCUGUAUCAUGGUUCCCCGAAGCUGCUUCGGCCUUGUCCUACUUUCCAUCAUUCAGGCCGUCACAUGCUCAGAUCUCAAGUAUGUACCAUCCGUUUGCACAGACGAGGACAGCUUGAUACCUAUAGAAGGACAGUGUUCCUAUUUCAUCAAAUGUAUCGACGGUCUAGCCCGCCUCCAGAGAUGUCCUGCUGGUCUGUUCUUUCACCCUCUGUACCUGAGAUGUGACUUUCAUCCAGCACCCAGCUGUAUACAGUCAAAUCUACGGAAACACGUCCUGGAAACGAACAUUAGGUUCGAGUACUACGAAAUGGACGUGCAAAAAACGCCAAAUCCGCAGAAACUCCUAGUGUGCUACUAUACCAACUGGUCUCAAUACAGACCGGCCCCGGCAAAGUUCUUCCCAAAUAACAUAGACCCCUCACUGUGUACACACAUCCACUACGCUUUUGCCAAGCUCAACGAUUCCAGCCAGCUGGCACCCUUUGAAUGGAAUGAUGAGAGUACCGACUGGAGUGUUGGCAUGUACGAAAAAGUGACCAGCUGGAAGAAGAUGUAUCCAAAAUUAAAGAUAUUGCUAUCCCUUGGAGGCUGGAACAUGGGGUCACAGACAUUCACCAAGAUGGUCGCAACAGAAGAGUCUAGACAAAGUUUUAUACAGGAAACCGUGGCUGCCUUCCAAAAUGAAAGCGAGCAGACAGAAAGCUCCCGCCUUCUGCUGUCUGCCGCGGUGGCUGCUGGGAAGGAAAACAUCGACAACGCUUACGAAGUGGACAAGAUCUCCGCAGCACUUGACUACCUUGUACUUAUGAGCUAUGACUUCCACGGCUCAUGGGAGCGGUUCACUGGCCAUGUUAGUCCUCUCUAUCCCCCGAAGAAUGCGACUGGUUUGGACGCACAGUUAAAUGUGCAAUUCGCGGCAAACUACUGGGUGGAGCUGGGCUGCCCGAAAGAGAAGAUGGCUAUCGGCCUCCCUACGUACGGACGUUGCUUCACGCUGGCGAAUCCGAAAGUGAACGGCCUCAAGGCACCCACCAACGGCCCGGGAUCUGCCGGACAGUACACCAGGGAGGCCGGAUUUCUGGCCUACUACGAGAUUUGCAAGAUGCUUCAGGAGGGGGCUAAUGUGACACGUCUGCCGGACGAAAGAGUGCCGUACCUAGUGCUGGGGAACCAGUGGGUCGGCUAUGAGGACAAGGAGAGCCUGAAAGAAAAGGUACAGUUCAUCAAAGAUCAGGGAUUUGCUGGUGCCAUGAUAUGGGACUUUGCUCUUGAUGACUUCGGAGGGAGUUUUUGCAAAGAAGGACCCUACCCUCUCCUGCAUGAGAUUGCUGCGGAUCUAAUCGAUGGAUAAUGCUUUCCAAUGUUUCUUUUCUGUUUGUAAUCAAAACUUUACUAGAAAGUCUUUCAUCUCGGUGUCUUUAUACAGCUAUGUUCAAAGAAUAAACUUUGUCUUUUAAACUGUA